UGAAAUCGAAUUGAAAGCAUCCAAUACCAUUGGAAUCAAAUUUUGAAUAAUACAUUUUACUUAUAUAAAAAUCGUGUUUAUAUCAUUGCUUAUCGUUCACAACUCAUGAUCUAAACGUUGUUCAACACAGUAAAGAAAAUAAACUAAAAAUAAUCAACAAAAUGACCUGUUUAGAAAAUAUUUUUGUAAUCUCAACUUUGUUCAUAGUAUUAGUUACGAUCCAAGCAACCAAAGCGGAAGAAAUUGAUGCGAAACGUGGACCUGCUAUUCACACACUUACGCCAACACCACGACGACGAAGUGAUCCAGAAUUUUUGAAAUGGGAUAGCGAGGUGAACGCCAUGUUAGAUGAUGAUUAUGAAGGUACUGAGUACGCUGGUAAUGAAUAUGUUCGGCCAUAUUUUGGAUUUCCACGGAUUUCACGAUCGGGCGGAAGAUUCUAUUCGAAACUAGGCGAAGGCUCACAGGAAACUAUUAAACGAGGUGGACCCGGGGGCGCUGCCGGUAUGUGGUUUGGCCCUCGCUUAGGUCGUAUGCAAAAACGAAGUCCAACCAAAGAACAUAUUUAAAUUCACAUUCCAACACGCGUCACAUUAGAUCCAUUUAUAUAUUCACCAAAUGCCAAAAUUUCAACAUUCCCAUAAUAUUAUUGGCAUUUCGUAAUUUUCGUUAAACAUAAUGACCAUACACAGAAGAAUUUACAUAACAUUCACAUGUCUAUCAAAUGCAUCUAGAUUAAUCCAUUGAAAAUUGAUUAUUCCAUAUAAAUGUGAAUGAAACACAAUUUCGGUCCUCUUUUGCGAUGUGCAUUAUAAUGUUUGCAAACACAAAAAAAAAAUAUUACACAAAUAAAAAUUUAUUAAUACAAAAUGUCAAUGCAAAUUACAAAUAAAUAAGAUAAAUUAAAAAAAAAAGAAGACGAAAAUAAGAUUGUUUCAAACCAAUGUUACAACAUUGUGAAAAUUAAGCAACCCAUUGCAUAUGCAUUGAUUUAUGCCAAUGAAAAAAUGUUUGAUUAUUUACAAAUUUUUGGCUGGUUUUGAAUUUAUUGGUGAAGAAAUAUAAAUUAAUGACCAAUGGUAUUUAAUUGCCAAUAAAUUCAAAUAAAAAUUUGUUG